CUUCCGUUAUCCCAUCCCCCAGUCUUUCCUGCAAAAUCCCGCGCUCUCUCAUUGUGCUCGCAUUUCGGAGUUGGAGAGCAGAAUUACUUGUUGCUCGCGUUCUUGCGACCAUUAAGAGUUCUGGUCGGUUUUUUGGUACUAUUGAGUGUUGAGAGGAAAAAACUUGAACAUGGCAGUAGUCGUACGGCUUCUGGGGCUAAACAUAGAGGCAGGAUCUGAAGACAUACGCAGAUUCUUCGAUGGAAUACACAUCCCAGGAGGAGGUGUAUACAUCACAGGAGGAAGCAGAGGGGAAGCCUUCAUCAUAUUUGCAACGGAAAAAGAUAGUCAACUUGCAAUGGAACGUUCUGGAAGCUUACUCAGAGGAACUCCGAUAAUCCUGUCUCUCAGUAGUGAAGAGGAACUGCAUCACAAGAUGGCAUCUCGUUUUAAGAAACACAAAUCCUCAAAAAGGGCCUCGGAAAAAAAAGCUAAAGAAUUAACGGAAGCACGUGCACCGGACCCAGCGACGCAACUACUACUUAGCUUAUUUACAGCCAUCGGAGGCCUGCAAGGAAAACAGUUGGGAUUGAACAUAGCAUCACAGCCAUUGAAGAAUAUGGAGAGUAAGCCUGUGCAUAUCACUACCUUCCAGGAGCAGCUAACGAGAAAGAGGGCAACUUCUCGCCGGAACACCCGUUAUUUAAGGCUGUACGGACUGCCAAAAUCGAUCACCAGACAAGAAAUUAACCAUUUCUUCAAAGGACUUCAUGUUGAAGAUGUUAUUGUCAAUGUCAGGAUUGGGCGAUCUUAUGGCUGCUUGGUGAAAUUUGCUAAAGAGCAGGAUGCAUUAGAAGGGCUUAAGUUCACCCACCAAAGUAUGGGAUCUUUUUCUGUUGAAGUUAAGGAGGCCUCAAUGGAAAUGUGGGUUAGUGCACUUGAGUGUAAAAAGUCUUUGAAAGAAUGCCAAACGAAUGAGUACUCCACUCCGGUUAAAAGGUACCCUGAAGGCCGUUCAAGGUCAAGGUCACCAAAGAGGCACCGAUCAUACGCACACCCACCUAGUAAUGAAUUCUGUGUGAAGAUAGGAAAUAUUUCCCCAAGAACGUCAAAGACAGAGAUCAAAGAAUUCUUUGGAUGUUCGUACAUUAAAAAUGACAAGGUUUUACAUUUGCUUGAUCAGCAAGGUUACAGGACUAGCACAGCAUUCAUUAUAUUUGACAACCUGAAGGACUACCAUUUUGCAUUGAAUCUCAAUGGAAGCCAAUUCCUUGGUCACACUGUUAAAGUUUCAGCAGUCACCAGGGAAAACAUGGAAAAGAUGAUUACUGCCAGCAGAUGGAAUUCAGUGACAGAGGUGGACAAAGGCAGGUUUGAAGCACCUAGGCCUGAAAAGGCAAGAGAGAGAUUUCACUCACUCAGAACAUGCAUGUAUGUACGAAACCUGCCAGCUGACGUUAGAAAGGUUGAAGUAAAAGAUUUUUUCUAUAAGUUUCGAGUUUCAGAGGAUCACAUCAACUUGCUGUAUGAUCGGAAGGGUGUGGGUAUCGGUGAGGCACUGGUGAAAUUCAAAUCUGAGGAUGUGGCUAAAAUGGCUGAAAAUCUAAACGGGAAUAUCCACCUUGGAGCCAAUGUGCUUCUGACCCGUAUAACACUGCAGCAAAUGGAGGAUUUGCUGCACAUGAGGCACUGAAGGCAACGUGAGCAAGAGAGAUGCAUCACUACUGGCAACAUAGACAUGCAUCUGGUCUGGAGAUGCUAACUUGGAGGAACGGUGGCAGAGAUCUGAAGUUUACAGCGCAGCAGUUAAACCGUUGAGUCAUUAGAUUUUCUUUCAGUAUUCUGAAAUGUACGAAAAGCACGUUAGUGUUAUUCAGUGGACCAUCCGAAUGCAUGGGUAGAAAGGUUUAAUGGGGUAAAAGUCCCAUAAGCUUUUCCCCUUUGAAAUCUUGGACAUUAAUAUCAGAUGUUAAAUGGCCAUUUCAUUUCUUUAAGACAAUAUGUAUUUUUUGCAAGUAUUUUAAAUUAGACAUUUGUGUAACAUUUCAAUUUUAUAUAAAUGAAACUAUCAAUCAGUUCAGACAUUUCAGUACUGAUAUUCACUUUGUGUGCCGAGUUGAAAAUCAAAUUCUAAAAUAAAAUCUUUCGAGAGAUACUUUCAACUAAUACACUAUCAAUAAAUUGAUGACUGCAUUUUAGUGGCAGACAGCCUAAUUCUUUUUGAAAGCUGACCAUUUGUUUUCAUUUCACUUUCUGUUCUGGACAUGCGUCAUUCUGUAAAGGUACUUGGGACCAUACGUAAUGGCAGGCUGUGUCCUAGGCAGAGAUUAACGGAACAAAGGGUGUGUAAGUGGUUGGUUGUAUUUUGGAUUACCCUGUAGGAUCAGUGAAAAUUUAGAGCUGAGAACAGUGCUUCCAUGUUGAAUCAAAAAACAUUUUUACCAGCAGUCCAUAGUUUGCAUGGACAAUACCAACAUGAGAUCAAGUGAAACUGAACAAAUUUACUUGAGUUUCUUCCAUGCAGUCCCCAUAGUCAAAUCCCAAAAUGCUGUGAGCAUCCUCUAUAGUAGAAGUA